UCCAGCGGGAAGACAGAGACCGCGACGCGCGGGGGAGCGCGCCGGAGCAAGGAAGAAAGCAGAGCACCCCGUACGCAGCGCCACGGCACGCGCAAGUUGGGGGCCCCCAGGACCCAACCGAGCGGCCAGGGCAGCGGAGCGAGCCGGGAGGAGGCACCCAGGCAGUUUUCUUCUCGUCCGGAGGCCCCGCUCGCUUCGCUUUUUGAGCCUGAAUUUCUGACUCGAUUCCCGCCCUUGCGGGGCGGCGCCUCCUGGACCGCGCGGCCGCGCCGGGGCUACGGUGACUACGACCUCCCUCUGGACGAGGAUGAGGACAUGACCAAGACCCGGACCUUCUUCGCUGCCAAGAUCGUCAUCGGUGUGGCACUAGCAGGCAUCAUGCUGGUCUGCGGCGUUGGCAACUUCGUCUUCAUUGCUGCCCUCGCCCGCUAUAAGAAGCUACGCAACCUCACCAACCUGCUCAUCGCCAACCUGGCCAUCUCCGACUUCCUGGUGGCCAUCAUCUGCUGCCCCUUCGAGAUGGACUACUACGUGGUGCGCCACCUCUCCUGGGAGCACGGCCACGUGCUCUGUGCCUCUGUCAACUACCUGCGGACCGUCUCCCUCUACGUCUCCACCAAUGCCCUGCUGGCCAUCGCUAUCGACAGGUUCCCCCCAAACAUGGGCAAGAGCGAGGCGCCUGAGCCCCCCAGCUCUGGGCCAUGCCUGCAGAUACCACAUCUGCUGCAGAUAGGCAUGCCACCUGACCGCGAGUAG